AUGACUGGUGCAGUAGUGAUUUUCUGCACGGAAGAUGGAUGCCUGCAGGAGUUAUUGUUUGUCAGAUUCAACUCCAGCCAUGGCUUCCCGGUGGAGGUUGGGUCGGACAUCAACAUCCUGCAGUUAAAGGAGGUGGUUGCCCAGCGACAGGGAGUUCCAGCUGACCAGCUGCGGGUGAUUUUUGCAGGGAGGGAGCUCAGCAAUGACUUGACACUGCAGAACUGUGACGUAGCCCAGCAGAGUAUUGUGCAUAUUGUUCAGAAUCCACAGAAGAGCAGCCAGAACAAAGAUGAGACAGAAGAUAGCCAUGCUGAGGGUAUUCUAAAAGCCUUGGAAAGAAAACCUGAAAGUCUAACUCGAAUAGAUCUCAGCACCAGCAUUCUCCCAUCACUAUCUGCAGGGUUGGCUGUUAUUCUGGACACUACAAAAAACAGCGUUCCUCUUUCUUCUGAAAAAUCAGGUACAUCUGGAUACAACAGUUUUUAUGUUUUUUGUAAAAAUCUCUGCCAAGCUGUGAAACCAGGGAAACUGAGGGUCCGCUGCAAUGUGUGCAAACAAGGGACACUGACAUUGGCAAGGGGUCCAUCUUGCUGGGAUGAUGUGCUGAUUCCCAAUAGGAUAAGUGGUGUUUGCCAGUCCCAAAGGUGCAAUGGAAACUUAGCGGAAUUUUACUUUAAAUGUGGAGCACACCCAACCUCUGACAGUGAAACAUCUGUGGCUUUGAACCUCGUUACAACAAACAGUCGCUGUAUCACAUGUAUAACAUGCACAGAUAUUAGGAGUCCUGUGCUUGUGUUCCAGUGCGUGCAUCGCCAUGUCAUUUGCCUGGACUGUUUCCAUCUGUACUGUGUGACUAUGCUGAAUGACCGCCAGUUCAUACAUGACCCAGAGCUUGGUUAUUCCCUCCCUUGCGUAGCUGGCUGUCCAGACUCUUUGAUUAAAGAGCUUCAUCACUUCAGGAUUCUGGGAGAAGAACAGUACAAUCGCUACCAGCGCUAUGGGGCCGAGGAGUGUGUGCUGCAGAUGGGGGGAGUGCUCUGUCCAAUGCCUGGCUGUGGAGCGGGUUUGCUUCCUGAACCAGGAGUGAGGAAAAUUGUAUGUGAACCAGGCAAUGGAAUAGGCUGCGGGUUUGUGUUCUGCCGUGAAUGCAAGGAAGAAUACCAUGAAGGGGAAUGCAGCUCUCUCCUCAGCACGCAAGGAGCCAUGGCCCAGAAGGGAUAUGUAGUUGAUGAACAUGCAGCCAUGCGAGCUCGAUGGGAAGAGGCAUCUAAAGAAACAAUCAAGAAGACAACCAAGCCAUGCCCCAGCUGCAAUAUUCCAGUAGAAAAAAAUGGUGGCUGCAUGCACAUGAAGUGUCCUCGCCCUCAGUGCAGAUUUGAGUGGUGCUGGAACUGUGGCCUGGAGUGGAAUAGAACCUGUAUGGGAGAUCAUUGGUUUGAGUAG